UAACUACUGCCUGCAAAGAAAGAAGGGGAACUUUAACUAAUUGAAGCUGCUUCCAUUCAAGUGUUCCAGAUGGCACUUGUGCAUCCAUAUAGAUACUUCACUUUGCUCUUCACAGCUUGUAAUAAACAAGCAUCUGAAAUGGUACUCCAGUGAUGCUCCAGAGUAAGUUACCUGUCCUCGCAAGCUUCAAGAAGGAUAAUUUAAAUGGCCAUCACCAUUCAUCCUGUGAGGCAGACAAGGAAAACAAAUCUGGUGAAGAACCUUAACAACCAAAUUUCCUGAGCCUUAACCUACUGCUGUCAGCAUCUCUGAAUUUCCCUCCAUCUGAGAAUUACCAGGUCUGACAACACUUUCCCUCUUGUCUCCAGUGAGAGAUGUCAACAAAGCUGUAGAAAAUGUACACCCUCUAGACUUACAACCAAGUCGGGCAGCUGGUCAGGAACAUUAAAAUCUCUUUCCUUAGAGAAGAUUGAAAGAGACAGACAAGAGGGGUGAAAACACAGGAUAUGCUAAGCCAGAAAUAUAGGAGAAAGAACCUUUAGAAAAGCCUCCUAGCAGAAAACCCAAUUAAAUCCACAUCAUUAGUCUGCACAUCCACAUGAGCUGUGGGUAAAAGGAGCCCGUUCUCUCUCUACUGAAAAAGAAUAGAAGUCAGAUAUAGUACUCUAAAUAUUCUUGGUCUCAAUCCAGUAUUAUGAAGCAGUUUCACCACAUUUAUUUUAAUCAGUAUAAGAUUAAGUGUGUGGAAAUUGAAAUUUUCUUAUAAAAAAAGAAGUCUUGAUAAAACCCAUUUGGGAGACAGUUGCUUGCUAUGCACGUACACUACUGAUUUUGCUCUGUUUCCAAUUGUUAGAGCACUCUGAUAUAUUCAGAGAUUGAUUAAGUGAUUGUGGCAUGCCACAAGGGCAAUAGAAAUUAAAUAGAAACAAAUAGCAACUCAAGUAGAGGGAUGACGGAGGUGCAUUUUAAGUACCAUGGAAAUCUCACUGGGCGGGCCCAUUUUCCCACCCUGGCAACAGAGGUUGACACCACGUCAGACAAGUAUUCCAGCCUGUACAUGUAUGUGGGAUUAUUCCUGAGCCUCUUGGCCAUUCUCCUCAUCCUGCUCUUUACAAUGCUCCUUCGGCUCAAACAUGUCAUCUCACCCAUUACUGAGAACACAGAAAGUGUUCCUCAGUUCACAGACGUGGAGAUGCAGAGUCGAAUCCCCACUCCUUAAAGCCAGGAUAAUGGUGAGACAUGGCAGAUCUCAGUGAACCCUGAUGGUGAUGGUGAUGUCCAGGAAGGCUUCCUUUGUCACCUGAAGCUUCCCAUGUAACAACAAGCUGUUCAUGUUUUCAUUGCAUUUUUUUUUUCAUCUUCACUGCACUUAUGGGACAUCUAAGAGGCUUAAAACUCAUUCUUUUAAAGGAAUAGAAGAAAUAGCAG